CCAGGAAAUCGCAUUCUUGCUUUUCUUCUCUCUACUUUUGUGGAAAGAUUGAUUGCCAAACGCAGAACAUCAAUUUUUCUCAUACCAAGAACGCUACGUAGAACCAGAAAAACGCAUAAAUCUAGUUGGAAUUUGAUCGUACCCAAAUAACAUAAGCAUAUUAACAAAUACUGGCAAAAAAGAUUGAAAAAACGAGUUUCAGUAACAUAACCACACCACAUGCAGUCCUAGAGGUUCUUUGUUGUUCGUAAGAUACCAUCACUACUACGCACGUAUACGUACCAUUAUCACAUCUAGCACUCUCAUCACACUGUCUUGUCUUCACACUACUCACCUACGAGUAUCUAAAGCGACGUGCUUUGUCUUUGUAUACAAUCCAUCAAGAUCAAAGGAAAAAAAAUGUUGGCUGGAAAGACGUUUUCGUUUGCUGUCUGUGGACUGCUUUUCGCCAAUGCUGUCAGAGUACAGACAUCAAGAGGAAGUGGAGAUAUGCCUGGGGAAUUGCCGCCUCAUUCUGGAUCAUCAGAUAAGGGACUAUUUUUGCAAGCUCAUCCUCAGAUGAGACAGCAAGCACAAGGAUUAGUAAUAAAAGCCGAUCCCGCGAUCAAUGGAACAGGAGCUGUGGAAGUUGACGCAUGCGUGGAAGGAGUGACGAAGCUUAGCCUUGCAGAAAAGGACUCAUCUACUUCUAGUGGUGCCUCCAAGGGAAAAGAUCAUGAGCAAGAACAACAAAAAGAACAGCUUCAGUCGCAGGUUUUGCAACGUGUACCUUCUAACGGUAGCACACAAGCGCCUGCUUCUCCUGACUGUACUCCGACUUCAUCGGACAGCUCACCUGAAGAUCCUCGUGAAUCUGGAGAUGAUAGUGAGGAAGAGGGGAUUUUCCACUUGAUGGAAGACAUUCCACCCUGGGUCAUAGAGGCAGGUGGGGACGACGAAAGAUCGGAGCAGGUACUGUCACUUUUUUAUAUAUUAAUUCAACAACAAGAUCAUUUACAUUUUGUUUUUGAUGUGGAUAUGGAUAUGCAGUAUGAAUCUAAAUCUUCCUUGUUUUGAAUGCAGUUCGCUGAAUUUCUCGAGCGGAGUUCCUCUCCGUAAUUUCUAGUAAAGUAGGUCUUUUUGCCCGUGCUCGAUCUGCACUGAAGUGUUAAUAUGAAGCAAGUCUCUACCUACGGAAGUGUUGAUAUUAUUUAAUUACAAAGUUCUUUCCAAAAAUCUGACCCUUAGCAGGAACCCAUUCCCUAUCCCUUACAGUUAUCACUGAGCGAGCUGUUUGCGGAUCCGGAUCCGGAACUGGGAGAUAGCAGCAACGACAAUGCUAAUAUUAUGAAUAUGCUGCCUGAAGAGCCAAAGCUCUAAGUUCUCUGAAGAGCCUGGCGCGGAAGAACCACGCCGAAAACAUAUGCAUGCAAGCUCUCGUGAUACUACGUUUGAUUGCGGGCUGGACAUUUCAUCUCUACUCUAGGGUGAGGGCCAGCCUGAUGAACAGCGUGUAGCUGUGUGAUGAGGUUUAUGUCCAGCGACGCUUAAAGCAUUAAAGUAAAUAAAACAACCGGAUAGCAGCUUUCCCUCUAUCCUUAGGCUUAUCCCUUCAAACAGUCUAAGUAUUUAUGUGAUAGAUCGAAGGUGAUGUAGCAGAUGGACUUCUGUUAGAAUCAAGGGGUUGCGCGUGGAGCUAAAUUAGUACGUUCUUUUGAUGCUUUGAUCAGGUAAGAACCGAAAUAAGGGUGCUUGUUACAACGAAAUAGUGAAGAUGUACUAGAAAUAGAAGGUGGGCACAACUUCUAGAUCAUGGUUUUUAUUAUGUAUGACGUCGUAUUUGCAAUUUAAUUAAAAAACUAGUAGUAGAUGAGAAGUUGAUGUUGAGGUUGGGUUUGAAAAAGUCUAUCAUUUUCAGUGAUGUUCUUUACAGAGAAGUAGAACGACUCUUCAGCGCUCUUCAAUUAUGACGAGAGCUGAAGGGACUACUUGUCUAGGUUGUGUAAUAAGUUUGUGCUGAUUUUUUUUGAAUUUCUUGUUUAGUGUGAUCGUAAAAAUGCAAAACAUUAACAUAUUUGAUGCGCAAACAAAAAGAAAUGUAUUAAUACAACAACAAGUACUACAUAGAUGACUGAGAACAAGUGAGACUGAAAUUGUAAUUUGAACUAGAAGUUGUGAUCCAUCGCGAUCGCUCUAAAGGAUCUUCUGAGAGGAACAUGAAAAAUGAUUAAGAAAGACGCGACCUGGGCUCGUAGCAAGAACUAGCCCAUUGCACUAGAAGUUAGAUAUUUUUAUCUAUCCUUCCGCCACCGCUCCAUAUUGAUUAUUAUUGUCACGAAUACGAAUCAGUACCACGUAUGACAAUAAUGUUGCUAACGCUAAUCUUAUCCGCAAAAUCAAUGUCAACCUAAAGAGACUUUUUAGCCAAAAACAAGAACAAGAUCUACUCCAUAUCAUUCUAUUUUCCAAACUUCUACACGAAUGUGACCACGGUGUUGUUUGUUCUGCUCAGGAACGGGAGGUGUUGGUUCCAUUUUUAGCUUUCCACAAAGAAUUCCGUAUAUGAUGUUUAUCUCACUCUAUUAUUUUUUUGCACGAUCGCGGCGUCUUAGUCACAUCUGCCGUAUCUGAUCUCACAAACUCAGGAGAAGGGAGUUCUAUCAAAUCUUUCCCCAGUGACGCUGUUGUACUAUGGCCGUGAGGUGGAGCCGCGUAGGACGCGUAGGAUUAUGGACGUUGUACCUGUGUGCACGAGUCGUGUAAUAGAUUGCAAUUAUUGGAUUUGAGUUAUAUGUUGUACUACUUUUUUAUGUUAUCUUCAUGUGCUAAGAAGAAGGAAGAGUCGAAGCAGUAAUUAAGUUAUAUGUCGCUCAAGCGUCAAAAGAUACCUCCAGAACAGGUAAAUGAAUGAAUGAAUGGUCCUCCUGGUAGCAAUAAUUUUUUCAAAUACAGGCUCGUUAAGAAGACUUCUUUCUACUGCUACUCAAAGCCGCAACUACAGGUUAACAAGAAUGUUGUUGCAAAAAUAGGUGAAAUUUAAUGUUGCUCGCCGUCGUGUGAGCACAAGACAUGGGCAGCAGCCGGUGGGGAUGCAAUCAAAACAGCCUUUGCAAGGAUGCAUUUGAUGUUGUACAACAAAAUUAGUAUCGAAAGAGUAGCUAGUACCGAAACCGAUACUGAUUAUGUUGGAAAGAGAGUUGUGAUUGUCUAGGAAAACUGCCUGUAAUCCGUUAACGUGUGUUUUUUAAACACAACGUCAAUCUUCACAGUCAGACCAUGAUUAUCGUCAAGUGAAGGACACCAGACUUUUACAUCGAAAAAGAAGAUUGAUGCAACCAUCGCAACAUGAGGUUCAGGUGUGCAGCACUGACUUAUGUCGAAGAGCAGCGCAAUGAGGAUUUAUAUGUCUUGUUCGUGCAAUCCCAUGGGCUAGUUGUAAUUGCAGUGCAGUGGUUGCUCCGCUGUCAUGUUUAUCAUGGGUCUAUCAUCAGUUUUAAGUGAAGAUCGGUGAAUGAAGAUGGGUAGUGGAGUACUGCCCCGUGGUCUGAUGUGGACCCGGUCAGGGUGAGAUAGUAGUAGAGAAUGAUGGGAGCAACGAUGUAUCACAUUCAAAACAGAAGCCAGUUUUGAGUAGGAAACUUUCUGAAUCGACGAGGACUACUUCUAGUCCUCCCUACGUUCUUGUCUACAACAAGUGUAUCUCCGUAACCAUGAUCAUGCCUGCUCUGGUUCGACUGUCACUCGUCUUGAGUGGUGAAAACUACCUCUACCAAAAGUAGGAUACUAAUACUCAUCACAAUGUCAAUGUCUCUGUGAUCGGUUCCUAGUGGUUAACGCUACUUCUUCUACCUCUACUCCUACGUACUAGUUCUACUCACGAUAUCUAUAAUGCAUCUCUCUAAACACAUCUACUAGACUCAAAUCGUCGUGUGCAGGUGCAAUUUAGGCACAUGAAAAAUCUUUCAUCUACUCAGGUUCUUUCUGAUGAAACCAGACUACUGCAUUAGCAAUCCCAGAAAGCAUAUUGGAUCAGGAUUAAUCGUAGAGGAGGUUGCUUAUGUAACUAGUACUUCGAGUAGAGUAUCUAUAUUUAUUAGUAAGCCCUUUUGGCUACUGGCAGAGAAAGAACGCCUUUCGAAGUUGUAAGUACUUAAUAUACUAGUUGUGGGCCCAUCAAUGAGCAGACAACACGAAGCAGACAAGUACAACUAGGUACCAGAACUCCGAGAUCUGACAGGGAUACGACAGGUAGAACUAGAAGAAGAUGGUAAGAACUGAAAUGUUCUUCAUCUGUAAUCUUGGGUUGAGUUCUCAGCGCGGGCGCGGGGGUGAGGGUUAGUUAUCUCUCAAGUGGGGUAGACAUCGUAGCAAGUUUUUCAUUGAAAGGAUCUCGUUGAUUGUCGCGCUACAAUCUUCAAGCAUUUGCUCAGCAUACUCUGAAGAUGAUUUUUCUUCUUGGCAUGUUAUUGACCUCAAAGGAAACCUAGUAUCAUCUUCUGAUUUAUUAUUAACAUUGUGCUCGAGGAGUCAUCUCAAACUAGUGCUAUUUACUUACUAGUUUUCCACCUCUCGUCCAAUACCACGCAGAUAGAGUGAUAAUCUACUCAGGACAUGCAACGCCGUGAACCUGAACUACCACUCUAAAACAAUCUUGGAUUUGGACAAUGAACAGAGUUACAAGUAGUAUCUUAUCUCAAUUCAUUUUCCAUGGCCUCACUCUACUUUUAUGAAUCUGUAAUUUCUUCGCAUUCCCUACGUGACCGUUUGAUGUAAUCAUGUCGUGGUCCUCUCAGACCUCAGCCAGGUCUUGCGCGUUUGAUUGAUUUUUUCAUUGUUUUUCGUCUUGAAGUUAGGCUUUAGCUAUAAAGUUGCUCGUCGGUCUUCUUUUGUACUUUCUUG